AUGACGUUAGGAGGUCGCGUUUCUGAGGAAAUCUUCUUCGGACGUAUCACCACGGGAGCUCAAGAUGAUUUGCAGAAAGUUACUCAAAUGGCAUAUGCUCAGAUUUUAUUCAUAACAUUUGAAAAACAAUGUCAAGACCAGAUCUCCUUUGAAAUAGACGAUCUCUUUGAGUAUCUUGUUUUAGCUUCUAUGGGUCAUAAGCCGGUGGAAGCGGCGGAGUUAGGAUUGAGUAGAGUAAAUCUUGAGAACGUACUUGUCCAUAUCCGGAAGGAGGAUAACUUGGGUAUGUUUUUGAUUUUCCCCAGAGACUCAAAUCAGGUAUUAUGA